GAUUGGCCUUUUUGGUCAAAGCAGUGGAAAGUUCAUCAAAGAUAGCUCUCUCAGUAAGGAUUCCUGAGAUGGUGUAAAGAAAUGAAAAGCAUAACUUUGCACCACAAAGACAGGAUGAUCUUUCCUCUAGUUUUUGUGGCUUUUGUUCAUCUUGCAGUGGCAGCACAGAACCCAAAAUGUCUCAUUACUGCCCCAAAAAUCAUUCACCUGGGAGUGGAGGAGACAGUGAGUGUGCAACUGCAUGGAGCCACUAAACCUACCAGUAUAACUCUGUAUUUCAAAGAUCCUUUGGGACCCACAAAGCUAUGUGAACCAAUAUCCGUGACCUUAAACAAUGAUAAUCAAUAUCAAGCUGUGGUGACAUUAAAGGUUGAUCCACUUAAGUUUCAAGGCAUCAGGAACCACCCUAACCCAGCUUACGAGAAUGACCCAUAUGUCUCUCUUUUUGCUGAGAGCAAGGAUGUGUUUGAUGCAACAAAAUUGGUCCAUGUCAGUUUGUCAACCAGAAGGGGUUAUAUUUUCAUCCAAACAGACAAGACAAUCUAUAAUCCAGGAGAACAUGUGAAAUAUAGAAUCUUCACUCUAGAUAACUACUUGCUUCCUAUAAAUGAUCGUGUCAGUGUCCAUGUGUAUAACUCGAAAGGCCUGCUGGUCUACAAUCAUGUUCUGAAUUCUAAACAAAUCCUGCAGAAGACUGUCACUAUUCCAGAUGUGGGAUUGGCAGGCAACUGGAAAAUCAGAGCCUCGUUUCUUAACUAUCCAAAGUCCAACACUUCAGUGGAGUUUGAGGUUCGAGAGUAUGUUCUGCCCUCGUUUGAAGUGAAGAUUGAAGCAGCAAAACCUUACCUCUCUCUCAACAAAAAUGAUUUUCAAUUUAGUAUCUCAGCCAGAUACACCUAUGGGAAGAGUGUCAGUGGGGUGGCAUACGUGCGGUUUGGACUGAUUGACAGUAAAGGAGAGAAGACGUAUCUUUCUGGCACAGAAAAACAGAUUACAGUUGAGGAUGGCCAUGCAGACGUCAUAAUCCGCACUGAAGAGUUACAGACUGCAGCAGCCAAUCAGAGCCUAGAGCACAUAACAGACCUGUACCUGUACAUUGCUGCUACCGUUCUGGAAAAAGCAAGUGGAGAUCUAGAGGAAGCAGAGAGCUCCUCUGUGAAGAUUGUGACCUCUCCGUAUGUCAUUGAUUUGUCAAGGACAAAGAAGUAUUUCACUCCUGGGGGCAUUUUCUCUAUUCUGGGCACAACCAGCUUCCCAGAUGGCUCCAGAGUCCCUCAUUUGAAAAUAAAGGCUGCUGUGACUAUAGAUGGAGUGUCUCAGACGAAGCAGAGCACUGGGGAUAAUAGCGGGAACAUAGCCAUCACAUUCCAAGUCCCGCAGCAGGCUAAGGAACUCUCCAUCACGGUGUAUGCACAGAGAAAUGAUGAUGAAGACGUCAUAAUCAGUGACGCUAAGAUAACAUCCACAGCGAUAGUCGAUGAAGAUGGCAGUUAUCUGAGUGUGGAGGUGCAGCAUCAGGUCCUCAACCCUGGGCAAAGUCUGCAGGUCACAUUCAGGGACAUCACAAGAGCUGCGAGUGCAAGACCCUCACAUAUAUAUUACCUGGUUGUGAGUAAGGGCAGAGUGCUGACGACAGGCAGAGUUCAGAGGACUGACCUGACCUCCAUCAACCUGCCUUUCUCUGUGGAUAUGGUGCCCGCCUUCCGCCUGGUGGCCUACUAUUACUCACCAGCUGGCAAACUAGUGGCCGACUCCGUGUGGGUGGAUGUGAAAGAUGUGUGCAAAGGAAAGGUUGAAAUCGCUCCUUUCCAUGAACUGAAACCUGCACAGGAAUUUGAGGUGUCAAUCAGGACGGAUCCAGACAGUAAGGUGGCGCUGAGUGCAGUGGAUUCGGCUGUGUACAUCCUCAGUAAGAAGGACAAACUGACUCCUCAAAAGAUGUUCGAGUACAUGAACUCGUAUGAUCUGGCCUGUUCUGUAGGCGGAGGAGAAAAUUCCAAGUCGGUCCUGGAAACAGCAGGACUUACGUUCAUCUGUAACUGUGCAACACAACCAGUUAUACUUGGAGAACAUAAAUGCUACAAUGACCGUCACAGACAAAAAAGAGACCUCAAUAAACUCGUUAACAGCUACAGGCACCCAGACAGGAAGUGCUGUGAAGAUGGACGGAGGAAAGGAUUGUCAGCAAUGCCAUGUGAUAAGAGGUUGAAAUUCACAGCGCAUCAGCCAAAGAGCUGCCAGGAAGCUUUCAAAAAGUGCUGCGAGGCUGCAGUGGCUAAGAGGAAGAAGGACCGAGUGAACAAAUGGAAAAGCAGCUUGGGGAGAACAUUCAGCAAUGGAAUAGUGGAGGAUGAGAUCGAUGAAGCGUCCGUGUACCUCCGCAGUUUCUUUCCUCAGUCAUGGAUGUGGCAGAUUUUCGAUGCACAUGCCUCAGGCAACAUCAGGCAUUCUGAAGUCACUCCUGACUCCAUAACCACAUGGGAGGUCCAAGCUGUAGCAAUUUCUCCAACCAAAGGAUUUUGCAUCGCUGACCCACAGCCACUGAAAGUCUUCCAGGAAUUUUUCAUCUCCGUUAAACUGCCAUAUUCAGUGAAGAGGAACGAGCAGCUCGAGGUGAAAGUCGUUGUGUUCAACUACAAGCAUCAAAGUUUACAGGUCACAGUGAAGAUGGAGCAGGUGAACGGGCUGUGCAGUGCCGGUGCAGGGGAUGUGGAGCAGGUGGUCACAGUGGAGCCUCAGUCUGCUACGCCUGUGUAUUUCACCGUGGUGCCUCUGAUCAUCGGGAACAUCCCCAUCAACAUUCUGGCUUAUGCCUCUCACAGCAUCCACGAUAAGAUACAAAAAGAGCUCAAAGUGGUGGGAGAGGGUGAGCUCGUCGCCAUCGAAAAGGAAUACAAUAUCAACGCAAAGACUGAGAAUAAACUGGAAUUUGACAUUCAGGCCCCAGAGGACAAGAUCCCGGGCCAGGAACCCACCACAUACCUGAGCUUUAAAGGUGGCGUGAUGGGAGAAUCAGUGGAUAAUUGUCUAAACCUGGAUGGAGUGAACAAUUUGAUCAAGCUGCCUACCGGUUGUGCAGAACAGACCAUGGUGAAGAUGUCUCCUGCCAUUCACGCCAUGGAGUAUUUGGACGCCACCAACCAGUGGCUCUCCCUGAGAGCAGAGCGCCGAGAGGAGGCUCUAGCCAUGAUCCAGGCUGGUUACACUUGGGUUCUCACGUACAAGAAGGAGGAUGGAUCCUACGGGGCUUUUCUGAAAACGCCCAGCAGCAUUUGGUUGACUGCCUUCAUAGCUAAGGAGCUGUCAAACUCAAGGGACAUUAUUGACGUUACAGAUUCUUAUAUUCAAGAGGCCGUAUCUUAUCUGAUCUCCAAACAGAAAGCUGAUGGAGCAUGGGACGACCCAAAUCCUCUCUAUGACAGAGGAAUGAAGGGUGGAGUUGGACAAUCUGAGGAUGACGUGCCCUUGACUGCAUAUGUCCUCAUUUGCUUGAUUCAUACUGUGCCGGUGUAUGAACUGGGGACAGACACUGAACUGAGAGUGGCUAUGGAGAAGGCAAGGUCUUAUCUCCUGGCACAUUUAAAAGCGCAAGAAAACCCAUACGCGGUUGCUGUUACGGCGUAUGCGCUGUCUCUGAAUAAUCAUGAAAACCCAGAUGCCAUGCAAGCUCACAGGAAGCUGAUGGACUUGGCCACGUGUGAUAAGAAUCGCUGCUUCUGGGACGUCAGAAGGAAAGUGGGGGGUUUGGAGAAGAAAGCAGAUGCCAUUUCUGUGGAAGCUACAGCCUACGGUUUGCUCCAGGCCGUGACCAUGCUCGACAGAGUGAAAGCUAAACAGAUUGCCACCUGGCUCACUGAACAGCGCAAAUAUGGAGGAGGAUUCCAGUCCACACAGGAUACAGUCAUCGCCCUUGAAGCUCUGUCCAAGUUUAGCAUACAGAACAAUGACGUUGAACAACUGGACCUGAGAGUGGAAGUAUGUGUAAACGACAAGCGCAAGGAGAAUCUGCAUUUAAACAAGCAGACUGCACUGACCCAAACAGCAAUUGAAAUCAGAGAAGUGGGCAAAGUAAUACUGAAUGUAAAGGGGCAGGGAAAAGGAACUUUAUCGAUUUUGCAGACAUACAGAUCUCUGAAAAAGGAUGAGUCGUCCUGUGACUAUUUCGAUCUCAGUGUUAAAGUGGCUGGGGACCUUGAGGUCCUGUCUAAUGAAGACGAAGAGGAGAAGUUGGAUGAUUACUAUAACUAUGAUUAUGGUGAGGCGAGAGAGGAACCCAUGAGCAGACAGGACUGGUUUGAUCUGCGCACCCGCAGGAAGAGACAAGCUCCAAAGGAACCAAAAAAAGAAAACACACUCUUUUAUACAGUGUGUGUGAGCAAGAAACAGGGAAAUUCCAGUGGUAUGGCCCUGGUGGACAUCUCACUCCUGACCGGACUCACACCAAAUAUCCAAGAUCUGGAAGAUAACGUGAAGGGUACGGAGAAAUACAUCGACCAUUAUGAUAUUCACCACAACAAAGUAUUUCUUUACUUUAAUGAGAUCACCGACGAGGAGACGUGUGUCCAGUUCCGUGCAGAGCAGGUCAUUCCUGUAGGACUCAUCCAGCCUGCAGCAGCCGUCAUCUACGACUAUUACAAUCCAGAUAGAAAGUGUUCGGUGUUCUAUACGGUGCCGAAGGACAGUCCCAUGCUCACCAAACUGUGUGAAGCAGAUGUGUGCACAUGUGCUGAGGGUGGCUGUCCACGGCUCAAAGUCACCUUCAGUAGGAACAUGGACGCGAACACAAGAUCUGUUUAUGCCUGUUUUUCACCCACUGUUGAUUAUGUUUAUACAGUCAAGAUCCUCAACUCCAGCAAUGAUGGUGUGUUUACAUCUUAUUCCACGUUAAUUACUAAAGUCCUUCAGACAGGUAAGGACUUGGCUAUCCAGAAUGGUGAUGCGCGGGAAAUGCUCCAGCGUUUAACAUGUGAUGAGUUUGAGCUGAAACCUGGUGCAGAUUAUCUGAUCAUGGGGCUGGAUGAUGCAAUAUUUGCAGGAAACACCGAGAGGCGCUUUAGGUACAUACUGGAUAGCAAGACGUGGAUCGAGGAGAUGCCUCCAGCAACGAAGUGCAAGGCGACCAAGAGCAAGCAUGCUUGUCAGCUUCUGGAAAAGUUCUUACAGUUGUAUUCUCAAAACCAGUGUUCAGUUUAAUAGACACGAGUCAUACAAAGAAGACAUCAGUCACUUGGAACACAACACGCAGCUCAUUAAAUCGUGUGCUUUUAUUUUCAGUGCAUAUGACCAAGAAAAAAAAAAAUAGGGUUUGUUGAACAGCACAGUUCGAAUUGCAGCAGAGGUUUAUCAUAAAUGAUUUAACUCUUUGAAUGAAUGUUCAUGUUUACAGAUAAGCAUGAGCCUGCUUCUCUUAAAAAGGUAAUCAUGAGACUACAGCUUGUGGAAUGAAAUGAGAGUUCUUGGAGUCAUGUGUCGUUAUAACCUAACAAUCACUGUGCUUUUAACAGAAUGAUGUUUGGCUCAGUUGUUAUUAUUAAUAAAUCUAACCACCAUGAUUUGA